AAGUAGUAACACUGGAUAUGUUGCUGUUCUUAAUUGUGGGAUUGCUCGUACAUUUGGUGUUCUUCGCCUCCAUCUUUGACAUUUAUUUUACGUCUCCUUUGGUUCAUGGGAUGACUCCUCAGUUUACACCAUUGCCUCCUCCAGCGAGAAGAUUAGUGUUGUUUGUUGCUGAUGGCCUGCGAGCAGAUGCACUUUAUGAGUUAGAUGAAGAUGGAAAUUCUAGAGCGCCAUUUAUCAGGAAUAUCGUAAUGCAUGAAGGCAGCUGGGGGGUCUCUCAUACACGUGUGCCGACGGAGUCUAGGCCAGGGCACGUAGCCCUGAUCGCUGGGUUUUAUGAAGAUGUCAGUGCUGUUGCCAAAGGAUGGAAGGAAAAUCCUGUAGAAUUCGAUUCUCUUUUUAAUGAAAGCAAGUACACAUGGAGUUGGGGAAGCCCAGAUAUCUUACCUAUGUUUGCCAAAGGUGCUACUGGAGAUCAUGUUUAUACACAUAGUUAUGAAGCUGAAAGAGAGGAUUUUGGUGCCCAUGAUGCAACAAAACUGGAUACUUGGGUUUUUGAUAAUGUUAAGGAUUUCUUUCAUGCUGCCAGAAACAACCAGUCUUUGUUUUCUAAGAUAAAUGAAGAGAAAAUAGUUUUUUUCUUGCAUUUAUUAGGAAUAGAUACAAAUGGACAUGCUCAUCGACCAUACUCAAGGGAAUACAAAGACAAUAUUAAAAAAGUUGAUGAUGGAGUGAAAGAAAUUGUGUCCAUAUUUAAACAUUUUUAUGGAAAUGAUGGGAAAACUACAUUUAUCUUUACCUCUGACCAUGGAAUGACAAACUGGGGUUCGCACGGGGCUGGUCAUCCUUCAGAGACUUUAACUCCUUUAGUCGCUUGGGGAGCUGGAAUCAAGUAUCCUCAAAGAGUAUCAGCUCAGCAGUUUGAUGAUGCAUUUUUAAAAGAAUGGAAAUUGGAGAACUGGAAGAGGCUUGAUGUCAAUCAGGCUGAUAUUGCACCACUGAUGGCUUCUCUUAUUGGAGUUCCCUUUCCCCUUAAUUCAGUGGGAACCCUUCCCUUGGAUUAUCUGAACAACACUGAUCUGUUCAAAGCAGAGAGCAUGUUUACAAAUGCAGUCCAGAUUCUCGAACAGUUCAAGGUGAAAAUGACUCAGAAAAAAGAAGUUACAUUAUCUUUUUUGUUUACUCCAUUUAAGUUACUUUCUGAUUCUAAACAGCUUGACAUUUUAAGAAAAGCAAGAUCUUAUAUAAAACAGAGAAAAUAUGCUGAGGCAGUCUCCCUUUGCAAGGAGCUGAUCCAUCUUGCAUUGAAAGGAUUGUCCUAUUAUCACACUUACGACAGAUUCUUUUUGGGCAUCAAUGUUGUUAUUGGUUUUGUGGGAUGGAUAUCAUAUGCUUCUUUGUUGAUCAUCAAGUCUCAUUCCAGCCUUAUAAGAGGUGUCAGUAAAGAAGUUAAGAAUCCAAGCCGUCUCCUGCCAUGUAGUUUUAUAGUUAUUGGUAUUUUAGUAGUAUUUUUCCUGCUGAUUCAAGCCUGUCCCUGGACUUACUACAUAUAUUGUUUGUUGCCAGUGCCCAUAUGGUAUGCAGUUCUAAGAGAAUUUCAAGUUAUUCAAGACCUUGUCACAUCACUGUUGACCUUUCCUCUGAGUCAUUUUGUAGGCUAUCUGUUAGCCUUUACCUUGGGAAUUGAAGUAUUAGUUCUCAGUUUUUUCUACCGCUAUAUGCUUACAGCUGGACUCAUUGCAUUUGCGGGUUGGCCAUUUUUCACCCAGCUGUGGACUCAAGCAAAGAUCACCUCACUGAGUUGGACUUUCUUCUCGUUGCUUCUGGCGGUGUUCCCACUGAUGCCUGUUGUAGGACGAAAACCAGAUAUCUCUCUAGUGUAUGAACAGUGUUUUAACUUUUAUUCUUUUCAACACAAUUGUUUGUAUGAAGCUCUUUUUCCAUUAGUAUUGUCAUGCUUGAUGUUUGCCUGGAUAUACAUGGAACAAGAAACCCUACAACAAUCUGGUGUUUCCCGUAAACAGAAGCUCAGCAGUAUUGAAUUUUCCUGUAAUACAGAUAUAACUCAGUUUCGACAGCUCUAUCUGGAUGAUAUCCGCAGGGCCUUUUUCUUUGUUUUCUUCCUAGUGAUAGCAUUUUUUGGAACUGGCAAUAUAGCAUCUAUUAACAGCUUCGACCUUGCCUCUGUCUAUUGCUUUCUGACCGUGUUUAAUCCUUUUAUGAUGGGAGCCCUGAUGAUGUGGAAGAUUUUAAUCCCUUUUGUUCUUGUGAUGUGUGCUUUUGAAGCAGUUCAGUUAACUACCCGGUUAUCAUCAAAAAGCCUUUUUCUCAUUGUUCUCGUUAUAUCAGACAUUAUGGCACUGCAUUUUUUCUUCUUGGUCAAGGAUUAUGGCAGCUGGCUUGACAUUGGAACAAGCAUCAGCCACUACGUGAUUGUCAUGUCCAUGACCAUAUUGCUGGUGUUUCUGAAUGGCCUGGCACAGCUACUCACAACAAAGGAACUCAAACUGUGUGGCAAAUCCAAAAGCCAUCUCCUAUGAUGUUGCUGAAGUCGUCAUUCAGCAUCUGGAUCCUAUUUCUCAUUCUCCUUAUAAACUCUAGCAUGCCAUAAAAUCCCGUCAAGGAUUCAGUAAGAAGAUGGAUAUUGAUGUGUACAGCAUAUUCCAUUCCUAUAAGGGAAAUUAUGUUUGGAAUUUUGAAUUUACAGCUUAAGGACAAUAAAGGAAUUUCCUUUUUCUUUUAUGUUUUGCGUGCAGGAAAUAGUCAUUAAGUCUG